UUUUUCUUUGGCUCAGCAAUGGCUGGGCUCCGGGCUGCGGCUGUGCAGAAGCAGGUGCAUCGCUGGCGGUGAUGUGAUGGAUGCCGCCCGCGCACUGAGGACGGGAGCGCCGGUAACGAGUCCAGCUCUGCCCGGUACGGGUCUAAUCGAGUCUUAGCGGGGGGUGGAGGGGAGAGACUGCGAUAGCGAGGCCGCAGCCGUGGCGCAGGGAGUGGGGGGAAAGGAGAAGCUAGCUUAGCUCGGCUCCUCUCACGGACUGUGUGACAACGAAAAAAACAGCCGAGCCUACUUUGCGAAAAAACGACUCAAGGCUCUCGCGGCUUUCGGACACCUACGGAGAGAUGUGGGGACACGUCCACCUGAGGGCAUCCCUCUAAAAUCCACCCAGUUACCGAAAAAGUCCCCAUUUUGGAUGAGUCAGAGAACCGCUAGCUAGCUUUCUGAGGCGUCUCGCGCCUCCAUUACCCGGUACCCAAACCGUACAGUUCACGCGCUCAAGGAAGGAGUUUUUAAGUGUAUAAAACCUCAACCAGUCGAGAUGAUGGAGCUCCAGCUGGACGAGGUCGUCUACCAGGACGACUACGGCUCUGUGUCCGUGAUGUCCGAGCGCGUCUCGGGCCUGGCCAACAGCAUCUACCGAGAGUUCGAGCGCCUCAUCCGGACCUACGACGAGGAGGUGGUGAAGGAGCUGAUGCCGCUGGUGGUGAACGUCCUGGAGAACCUGGACGCCGUGCUCACGGAGAACCAGGAGCACGAAGUGGAGCUCGAGCUGCUGAAGGAGGACAACGAGCAGCUCAUCACGCAGUACGAGCGCGAGAAGGCGCUGCGCAAGCAGGCCGAGGAGAAAUUUAUAGAGUUUGAGGAUGCGUUGGAGGGGGAGAAGAAGAAGCUCCAGUCACAGGUGGACUUUCUAGAACUACAGGGAAAACAGCUGGAAUUGAAGACCAAGAACUACGCUGACCAGAUCUCUCGUUUGGAAGAACGUGAAACAGACAUGAAGAAGGAGUACAAUGCUCUUCACCAACGACACACAGAGAUGAUUCAGACCUACGUUGAACACAUUGAACGAUCCAAAUUGCAACAGGGCGGAAGCAACCAGUCAGAAACCACAGGAUGCGGAAGGACUCAACGCAACACCUGGAGGAAAAGUAAAGUGGAGCGCCCCCCUUCGCUGAGUCUCUUCCCCAGUGGGGAUGGUAUGGUACGUGGGGGUCCCGGGGGGGCUAGGACCACCUCGUCAGACGCCUGGCAUGCCAGUGAUCUGGGCCGAGCUGUCUACGCCCCUGGCUUCCAGGAGGAUGGCUCAGAGUCUGACUCCGUUGCGGCCACGCCCAGCAGCACAGGCAGCAAUACACCCACCUCGUCUGUUCCCUCAGCAACAGUCACGCCUCUCAAUGAGUCCAUGCUGCCCUCUGGGGAGUUUGAAGUGUCCCGGGGCCGCAGCCGCAAGAACGCCAAGAGACUGAGCAGAAACAUGGAGGUGCAGGUCUCCCAGGAGACCAGAAACGUCAGCAUCGGUAUGGGGAGCAGUGAUGAGUGGUCUGAGUUUCAGGAAAUCAUAGAUUCCACACCAGAGAUAGACAUGUGCAUGGAUCCUCGUAUUUAUGGCGGUGGAAACAGUCCCUCUCAGGGUAUAGUGAAUGAAGCAUUCGGCAUCAACACCGACUCCCUCUACCACGAGAUCAAAGACGCCAAGUGUGGCAUCAUCGGUGAUGUGGACUCCGGAGCGGAGCUGCUCGGGGAAUUCUCAGUGCGGGAUGAUUUCUUUGGGAUGGGCAAAGAGGUGGAGAAUCUGCUCACAGAGAACAAACAACUGCUGGAGACCAAGAACGCUCUGAAUAUUGUGAAGAAUGACUUGAUCGCCAAAGUGGACGAGUUGUCAGGAGAGCAGCAGGUUCUGAAGGAUGAGCUGGAAGCAGUCAAACAGUCCAAGAGUAAAGUGGACAUCAGAGUGAAGGAGCUAGAGGAAGAGCUGAAGAGAUUGAGAGCUGAGGCUCUAGGAGCAUCUCAGGACUCCAAAGAUGAAGGAGGAGAAGAUUAUUCGUCCCCACUGCAGGAUGAUGUGGCCAUGGCUCAGCGCCGCAGGUUCACACGGGUGGAGAUGGCGAGGGUGCUGAUGGAGCGCAACCAGUACAAAGAGAGGCUGAUGGAGCUGCAGGAGGCUGUCCGCUGGACCGAAAUGAUCCGAGCUUCCAGGGAGAGUCCUCAAAUCCAGGAAAAGAAGAAAUCGACCAUCUGGCAGUUCUUUGCACGUCUCUUCAGUUCGUCUGCGAGUCCUCCUCCAGUGAAGCGGCCGUACACCAGCGUCAACAUCCACUACAAAUCCCCCUCACCUGCAGGCUUCAACCAGAGACGCUCGCAUACCAUGUGCCAGAUCUCCACCUCCAACCGCACACUCGAGUUCUUCCCUGAAGAACUGCCCAGUAACGGUGUUGCGUCUCUCCUCAGCGACUCGGCGCUGUCAGCCCGCCGGGAGCAGCGUCGCGAGCAGUAUCGGCAGGUCCGUGAGCACAUGCGCCGGGACGAUGGCCUUGUGCAGGCCUGCGGCUGGAGUGUCCCGCCCCGCUUUAAACAGACGGGCUCCCAGGCGGACAGCACUCAGGACGCCGCAGCAAAGAGGCCGCAGGCCAAUGAGAAAGAGGACAUCCGCAUGAAGAAUGUCCCUGUGCCCGUGUAUUGCCGCCCCCUAGUGGAGAAAGACCCCAAUAGGAAGCUCUGGUGUGCUGCUGGAGUGGACUUGACAGGCUGGAGGACGUCCAGUCAGGAGCCAACAGUGAAGCUACCAGCCAAUGGCACUGAUCCUCUGACAGGAGAGGAAGAGGGAGGAGAGAAUAAGAGUGAGCACAGCUCACCAGAGAAGAAAAAGCCUAAGGAGCUACAUGAGACAGAUUCCAUGAGUAGCCGUGUGUGGAUUCUUACCAGCACUCAUUCAGCCAGUAAGGUGGUCAUUAUUGAUGCCAACCAGCCCGGCUCACUAGUUGACCAGUUUAAUGUGUGUAAUGCCCACGUGCUCUGCAUCUCCAGUGUUCCAGCGGCCAGUGAGAGUGAUUACCCUGCAGGUGAGAUAUUCCUGGAGCAGCAGGGUGAUGGUGGUUCGGAGGAGACUGGCAGAGUGGAGGGCAUGUUAGCAGGUAUCACAUUGGUUGGCUGCGCUACCAACUGCAGCGUGGUCAGGAGUAACUGCUCGUCACGCACAGACACACCAGUGUUGGACAAAGGACAAGCACCAACAGCUCCUGUGUGUAGUCGGCUCGCUGUCUCUCAGUCAGCGGAGGAAGCCACAGAAGCCAUGGAGGUGUCAGAAGAAACAGGCCCCAGUGAAGGGGGAGAAAACUCUGCUCCAUCUGGCCCUUUUACUGAGCAUGUCUUCACUGAUAAUUCACAGAGUGAGGGCGGCGCUCCAAAGGAGGAAGUGACAUCAGCGCCCCCAGACUCAGAACAGGGUGGAGACGAUCGUGCUGGUACCAGUGUUGCACCCACCAUGUGGCUUGGUGCACAGAAUGGCUGGCUGUAUGUACAUUCUGCAGUGGCAAACUGGAAGAAGUGUCUCCACUCCAUCAAACUCAAAGACUCUGUCCUCAGUCUAGUGCAUGUUAAAGGAAGGGUUUUGGUAGCGUUGGCAGAUGGAACUCUUGCCAUUUUCCACAGAGCUGAAGAUGGUCAGUGGGACUUGUCUAACUAUCAUCUGAUGGACCUGGGUCGCCCACACCACUCCAUCCGUUGCAUGGCUGUGGUGCAUGACAAGGUCUGGUGUGGCUACAAGAACAAGAUCCAUGUCAUCCAGCCAAAGAGCAUGCAGAUUGAAAAAUCUUUUGACGCUCACCCGCGCAGGGAGAGCCAAGUCAGGCAGCUUGCGUGGAUUGGAGAUGGUGUGUGGGUGUCCAUCCGUUUGGACUCCACGCUGCGCUUGUACCACGCGCUCACACACCAGCACCUGCAGGAUGUGGACAUCGAGCCCUACGUCAGCAAGAUGCUUGGGACAGGAAAGUUGGGCUUUUCAUUUGUCCGGAUAACAGCCCUGCUGAUUGGAGGUAACCGCUUGUGGGUGGGAACAGGAAAUGGAGUGGUCAUCUCGAUUCCUCUGACUGAGACUGUAGUCCUGCAUCGCGGCCAGCUCCUCGGACUGAGGGCGAACAAAGUGUCUCCCACAUCGUCAGGGGGUGUGAUCCAUGUAUACGCAGAUGAUGGUAACUCAGAGAAAGGAAAUGGCAGCUUCAUCCCGUACUGCUCCAUGGCUCAGGCUCAGCUCUGUUUCCAUGGACACCGGGAUGCAGUCAAAUUUUUCGUGUCAGUGCCAGGCAACGUAUUGGCCACCUUGAACGGCAGUGUGCUGGACAGUCCGUCAGAGUCUCAGGGGUCCUCGGCCCCAGUGGAGACACAGAGUGAAGCUCAGAGUGUUCAUAACGUGCUGGUGCUGAGCGGAGGGGAGGGGUACAUUGACUUCCGUAUAGGCGAUGGUGAGGAUGAUGAGACGGAAGAAGGAGAUGGUGAAGCCCCUCAGAUCAAGCCAGCAUUGUCUAAAGCCGAGAGGAGCCAUAUCAUUGUUUGGCAGGUGUCUUAUGUCCCUGAGUAACAUGAUCAAGACACCUUAUGCCUGCACUCCCUGUAACUCUGCCCCAAAUACUCUGUAUGAAACCUUGUCUAUUCCUAACUAUGCCCCCCCAAAAUUCUGUACCUAAGCUCUGUAACUACCCCCUAAGGCCUGUAUUUACCCUCUCCAAAUUGUAACGAUUCCCUGUAUGUUCACAUAUUUUCCCCUGUGACUGCCCCCGUCUCCAAUGCAAACAUGCAAGGUACAGCUCAACACUCUCUUACAUCUCAACACUCUCUUGCAUCUUACAGCUGGAUGGCAACUACAAAUGAUAUAGAUAAAAGCAUCCUAUACAACUACCUUCCCCAAAAAUGACCCAGUUUUUUUGCCAAAUACAUAAACACCCUAUUGCUUUAUUUCUUAACUUCCCAACAGCUCACAGCUCACUAAUCUCCAUAGAAACAGGCAGCUCAUUGGACAGUGAUUCAAGGAUAGGGAUCUGUGAUUGGUUAGAGGGACUGGAAAGGCAGCUCAUUGGUUUCUAUGAUUUGUAUUUGGUGGCAUGUUUAUAAUGCAAUACAGAGUGAUGGAAAUAGAUGUGUAAAAAAUGUAAAUAUUGAGGUUAAAUAAGAAUGCCUUAGGAGAGUGACUGAGAGGGAAAGGAGACAGUGGAUGGCUAAUGAAUUGAAAUGUUUAAUCGAUAAGAAAGCACAUUUUGUCAGAUGAAUUAUCAGUAGAAUUUCACAAAACAAUUCAAAGGUUUCAAGUUUUGUCAUUGAAAUGCCAGGUAAAAUCAAUUUCAAGAAAAUAAAGAAUUAAUCAUGAAGAAAGUUAUAUGUAAUCAGUUAAGUGAGCUGUGAGCUGCCUGGCUUCAUUGUCCCACUUGACUGGGAUUUGUGGAUCAAAGGCUCAUUGAAGGCUACGACUGGCUGCCCAUUUGAUUGACAGUUGAUGAAUGCCCUGCCCAAUUGCUCUGUAUGUAACUUGCCACUAUCUGUUCUAUUAUGUGUGGUUAAAUAUUAAACAUAUUCGUGCUCUGGAAA